GCUGGGGUGAGGUGGGUGUUUUUGUUUCAAGCAAGCCCUCAAGCAUAUAUUCCUCCGUUGGUUUAGAUAUCAUAAUCUGCAAUGGUACUAAUUAAUGGGAGGUCUUAAAGCAUUGAACUGUGUUCCUCAAGUUUGUGGGUCUUUAUGAUUUCAGUGGACUUGCGGGUGUAUUAACUAUUGAUACUGUUUUUGGGGCGUAUGGAUUUGUACCACUGGAGUUAUAUAUAUAAAAACUGUUCACUGUUCAUGUCAUUUUAUUAUUGGAGUGUGGGGGAUGGGGUAGACUAGUAGAGGUUUUAGAAUGGGGUGGUGGGGAAGUGGUAAGGGUAAUCAAGGACAAAGGAGUAAAAUUGUAUGUGGGCAGUGCAGCUUUUGAGAUAUGCACUGAAUGAUUACCCGUUUUGUCUGUGUAGUCGAGCUUUGGGGAGGGAGGGCAUCAGUACUUGUACGGUACAGUCAGUGAGUCAGUCUGCUCUGUAUUUCUGAACGCAAGGACGAUAUGACUACUGUCCACUACUAAUACUAGUAGUCGACUCAAGUGUCAUUUGUUUGACCAGGUGAGGGGGAGGAUGGUUAAAGAUCCUUAGUGUAAUUGUCUGUUAUAGUGCAGGGAAACAUGAGUGCCUGGUCAUUUGGGAACCACGUUUCUGAACCAGCAGCUGCUACAUGUCCUUGGAGGGACGACCCAUCCUCAAUGCUUUUUUACCACCAGUAUUAGGCGACUAAGUACCUAUCUCUGCUCUGCUUUGCAAUGGCCAGGUUUUUCCCAACUGCAGGAGGCUGCUGGUGUUGAAGUGGGUGUCGUUGGCUUCUAGUUUUUCUCGGGUGGUUUCUGUCUGUUUUCUUUCAUGGAAAUUGAUCUUAACAGCCCAGAUGAAUAUAACAAUGAUGGGAGACUAUUUAAUGAAGAAGAGAUGGCAUUCUCAGGCAGCCACAAGAGUUCAAUAUGCAUGGAGUUAUGGCAUGCCUGUGCAGGUCCUCUCAUAUCUCUACCAAGGAAGGGGAGUUUUGUGGUGUAUUUUCCCCAGGGUCACAUGGAGCAGGUGUCCACCUCUAUCAAGCACCAGUAUCACCAACACGUGCGCCCUUACGAUCUUCCGCCUCAGAUUUUCUGCCGUGUGCUCAAUGUGAAUCUCCAUGCAGACCAGGAGACUGACGAAGUGUAUGCACAAGUAACAUUGGUUCCUGAACUAGAGCCACUGGGGAAAGAUGUUGGAGGGGAAGAAGAUGAGGAAGUUAAAAAGGACAAACCUACUCCACACAUGUUUUGUAAAACACUGACUGCUUCAGACACAAGCACCCAUGGUGGAUUUUCAGUUCCUCGAAGGGCUGCGGAAGACUGCUUCCCUCCUCUGGAUUAUAACCAGCAGCGGCCUUCACAGGAGCUUUUGGCGAAGGAUUUGCAUGGAGUUGAAUGGAAGUUUCGGCAUAUAUACAGGGGCCAACCACGAAGGCAUUUGCUUACAACUGGGUGGAGUGUUUUUGUUAGCCAUAAAGGACUUGUAUCAGGAGAUGCUGUACUCUUCUUGAGAGAUGAAAAUGGACAACUGAGAUUAGGGAUUCGAAGAGCUACUCGACAACAAAGUGCUGUUCCUUCUUCAUUGCUUUCUAGUCAGAAUAUGCAUCUUAGUGUCCUUGCUGCUGCUGCUAAUGCUGUUGCCACAAAAAGCAUGUUUCACAUUUUCUACAACCCAAGGACAAGUCCAGCAGAGUUCAUUAUACCUUAUUGCAAGUAUAUAAAAAGUUGCAAGCAGCCAUCGUCUGUUGGAAUGCGGUUCAAAAUGAGAUUUGAAACAGAAGAUGCAGCUGAGAGAAGGUACACAGGCAUAAUAACUGCGAUAAGUGAUGCUGAUCCUGCUAGAUGGCCUGGUUCAAAAUGGAGAUCACUAAAGGUCAAAUGGGAUGAACAUACUGGAAAUGAGCGGCAGGAAAGAGUUUCUCCAUGGGAAAUUGAGCCAUCUAUUGGAGUUGCAGGGUUGAAUGUUUCAUCUGGCACAAGACUGAAGAGAUUAAAAACAACCCAAUCUACUGCACCGGUAGAUGUUGCCUUGCCCGAUGGGGGCAGGCUAUUGGACUUUGGGGAAUCAAUGAGAUUCCAAAAGGUCUUGCAAGGUCAAGAAAAAGUUUUUUUUAAUGCUCCUAUAAGAAGUGAUGGAGCUGAGUUGAUGAAAGGUCCAGCAUCGGAUCAGCGGGGUCGUGAUGUGGUACCUCAAGGUUUUCAAACAGUACGACUUGGUAAUGAAAUUUGGUCUUCACAAGGAAGAUCUGAGAUUCCAAGUAGAUUGUCAGACUUUAGUGAAUCUGUAAGAUUACAAAAGGUCUUGCAAGGUCAAGAAAUUAUGCCUUCAAAGCCCCCUCAUACGAUGACUGCAGUUGAUUUGAUAAAAGAUGAACUCUGGGAUUGCAAGAGACGUGAGGGUGUGGCUAAAGGAUUUGGCGGAGUAUGGGCUGGUCAUAAAAAUUGGCCUUCACUAGGAAGGUCUAAUAUUGCUCCUUUCCCGGAAGUAUUCUGUGAUAAAGAUAUUGGUGAUUCAUAUGGAACUGACAGACUGAUUACUAUGGAAUAUCCAUAUGCACAAUUCUCAAAUACAAACAAGCCUUAUUCAAGUUUUUUGCUUCAAUCACAUGGAGAGAAUGCUGCCAUGCUCCCUAUGGACAGUCAAAGACCACCACUGAUUCCAUUGACUUCGUCAAGGUCUUCUCCUUUUGAUUCUAGAGAGAAAAAUGGUCCAGAUUUGUGCUCAUCAGUCAAAUAUCCAGGUUACACAAUGAGAGGCUCUGAAACAAACGAUCUCUAUGGGGAUCGUUGGCAGCUAUUUAACCAUGGCAGUUCAGCGCAGUUUGAUUUUCCUAGAAUGACAGUUGGAUGGCAGUCUACCUCGGUCUUACCUUGUGUUUCUCAAGGUACCUCACCUUCCUUGUACCAAGCUAACUUUCCCUCUAGUGGCUCUUCAGAGAGACCGAGCAAAUUGACAGAAGCAUCUGCGAAACAGCAUCAACUUUCUACAGGAACUGACCGAGGUGGAAUUCAAGAAAAGCAAAGUUGUAAACUCUUUGGUUUCUCUUUAAUUGAGGAACCUUCUUGUAUGGCUGACACUAUUAGCAGUAGUGUCCCUUCUGAUCAUGUCACCCAAGAAGGUUCACCUGCAACAUGUGGCAAUGACAGAACUAUCAAGUCAUGCACCUUACAAAAUCCUGAUGAUCCUACAACUGAUUCUCUUAAGCAGAAUGACCAACCAAAAGGUUUGGAGGGUUCAGAGGAGCAAAUUACAGUACAGACAGUUUCUGAUGUUCCAAACUUAAUUCAGGCUUCGGGGCGCAAAUGUACAAAAGUACAUAAGCAAGGGAAUGUAGUUGGGAGAGCAGUUGAUCUCUCAAAGCUUGAUGGGUAUGAUCAACUGAUCAGAGAAUUAGAGCGUCUGUUCAAUAUGGAAGGUUUACUAAAUGAUCCUGACAAGGGGUGGCAAGUUGUUUACACUGACAGUGAGGAUGAUAUGAUGCUGGUUGGGGAUGAUCCUUGGCAGGAGUUCUGUAACAUGGCGUGCAAAAUUCUGAUAUACACCCAUGAUGAAGUGCAGAAAAUGAGACCUGGCAUGUUUAGUGAUGAUGGUCAUAGUUGCUCUGAGGAGCACCCUUCUGUUAUUGAGGUGUCCAAGUCCUCCAUUGAUCGCCAGGAUUCAUCCUCUCCCCCAAUCACAUGAAUUUAAGCCAGGAUGCCUCGCUGCAUUCGCUACUGACUCUAGAUACAAUGUGUGAAAUGCCAUUUACAGAUUCUAAUAGUUUUCUUGAUUGUCUAUUUUCGCUUCUAGAAAAUUUAGUGAAGUGCUUUUUUAUUCACAUAUAAGUUGGGAUUAAACUUUCUGGAAUGAACUAAAAUUUAAUGUAGUGGUUUUUGAUGGAUUGACUCAUGAAAUGGCAGUGUGAAAAAAGCUGAACAUUAGUGGAGAUUGACUUUUCAUAUCAAUCGUUAUUUCAACUAUAUUAGGACCAAAGAAGAAAAGUGGAAUUAUAAGAGGCAUUUUUCCCAAAACUCUAUUUUUAUAUUUUUCA